AUGGAGCUGCGGUCAGUAGGUGCGUUGCUGAAGUGUCUGGACAGGAGGAGAGUGGGAGUGGAGCUAGAGGACAGCAGUGUGGGAGUCCCCAUCUUACAGUUCCACACCUACACACUGAAAGAUGUAGUGUACGUGGACCAGGAUACUUACAGCGUACUGUAGAUCUUCAAGUUGGAGCUGCACCCCUCUGUGUACAAGCUGCAGUCUUGGGAGAAGGAAGGGCUCAGUCUCUAUGGGAUACUGAAUCACUGCAGGUGCAAGUUUGGCUCCAAACUGCUUCGCCAGUGGUUUCUGAGGCCUACUCGUGACCUGGCGGUGUUAAACAGGAGACAGGAAGUUGUGAGAUUCUUCUCCUGUCCACGCAACUCUGACUCCCUAAACACUUUGCAGUCCUCCCUACGCAACAUCAGGAACAUCCCGACUCUCCUGCGUUCAAUGUCUCUGUCUCACACCAAAGUCUCUGACUGGCAGGGUCUCUACAAGACAGUGUAUAGUGCGGUGUGAAUCAGGGACACAGUGCGCUCCCUGCCUCAGUCCAUCCAACUCUUCCAGGAGAUCAGUGAGGGAUUAUCAGAUGACCUUUACUACAUCGCCUCGCUCAUCAGCAGAGUGGUGGACUUUGAGGGCAGUUUAGCAGAAAACCGUUUCACUGUCAAACCCAAUGUGGACCCUGCUAUAGACGAGAAGAAGAGGAGGAUGAUGGGACUGUCUGACUUCCUGACGGACGUGGCUCGCAGAGAGCUGGAGCACCUGGACACCCGCAUCCCCUCCUGCUGCGUCAUCUACAUCCCCCUGAUAGGGUUCCUGCUCUCAGUCCCUCGGUUGCCCAGCAUGUUGGAGAAAGAGGACUUUGAGAUAGAGGGCCUUGACUUCAUGUUUCUGUCUGAAGAGCGUCUGCACUACCGCAGUCAGAGAACCAAGGAGCUAGAUGACCUGCUGUGAGACUUACACUGUGACACCAAAGACAUGGAGACUGCGGUUAUGACACAGCUGCAGACCACAGUCCUGGAGAGAAGCGCCUGUCUGUACAAGGUUCUGGAUCUGAGUACUGAGCUGGACUGCCUGAUAGCACUGAGCCAUGUCUCCCAGGAGUAUGGAUACACUACCCCCACUCUGGCCAACCACCACAGGAUAACACUCAGACAGGCCAGACACCCUCUGUUGGAGUUGUGUUCUCCUAUGUUUGUGUCUAACUCCUUCCUGAGUUCUGAGACUCGGGGACGGGUCAAGAUCAUCACCGGACCCAACUCAUCUGGCAAGAGCAUCUACCUCAAACAGGUGGGUCUGAUUGUGUUCAUGGCUCUGAUUGGUUCUGACGUGCCAGCGAAGGAGGCAGAGAUUGGUCUGAUUGACGGAAUCUUCACACGCAUGAAGAGCAGAGAAUCUGUGUCUGUAGGACUCAGCACCUUCAUGAUAGACCUCAACCAGAUGGCUCAUGCUCUGAACCACAGCAGCGGUCACUCACUGGUCCUCAUUGAUGAGUUUGGGAAAGGAACUAACACGGUGGAUGGGCUUUCCCUUCUGGCGGCAUCUAUCUCUCAUUGGCUGAAAAGAGUUCCAGCCGAGGUUCCUCACAUUCUAUUGGCCACUAACUUCCACAGUCUGCUACAGCUGGGUCUCCUACCUUCCUCAGGCCUGCUGUCACUACUGACUCUGGAGACAGCGGUGGAUGGGGAUGAAUUGGUGUUUCUGUACCAGCUGAAGGAUGGGAUCUGUCGCUCCAGCUACGCAGCCAACAUCGCUACACUGGCAGGCCUUCCCCCCAGCCUCGUACAGAGAGGAGUGGAGGUAUCUGAACUGUACAGAACAGGAAAGACCAUUAAACGCAUCGACCGACCAUCUACAGAGGAGCAGGCAAACAAGUGUGUUUGUGUGGUGAAGAAGUUUCUGUGUGUGAACCUUGAGGACCAGAGUGUGGAUCUGCAGCGCUACAUGAAGGAGGAGCUGCUUCCCUCUGGAGGAGACCUGCUCUAA